UGACAGCGAGAAACAAAUGGAAGAGUUCGCACAUUGCUUCGCUGUAACUGUUCUCUUAUGCCUGUAAAUCUCUCUGUAAAUCUCUCUGGAUCCUUUCUUUUCUCUCUCCUUUCCUAUUUUACACAGAUACAUAUAUAUACAUACAUAAAUAUAUAGACAACCACACGCGCAAGCCUUCUGCUCUAAGUUUCCUAUAUAAUUUCGACCUUCUGUAAUUUGACUCGGAGAGAGAAGAGAUCUAGUUGAUUUUUCUGUGCGCCGAUCCAAUCAAAGAAAAACAGGAGGGAUUUGAAAAACGAGAAAGAGCUCGAGCUAGAAAAAAGAAGUUCUAGAACAACAUGUCGUACGCUUAUCUCUUCAAGUACAUCAUCAUCGGCGAUACUGGAGUUGGAAAAUCAUGCCUUCUUCUUCAGUUUACUGAUAAGCGAUUCCAGCCAGUGCACGACUUAACCAUCGGUGUUGAGUUCGGUGCCAGGAUGAUCACUAUCGACAAUAAGCCUAUCAAGCUCCAAAUUUGGGACACGGCUGGUCAAGAAUCCUUUAGAUCUAUUACGAGGUCCUACUAUAGAGGAGCAGCUGGGGCAUUGCUUGUUUAUGAUAUCACCAGGAGGGAAACUUUUAAUCACUUGGCUAGUUGGCUGGAAGAUGCGAGACAACAUGCAAAUGCAAACAUGACAAUAAUGCUAAUUGGCAAUAAGUGUGAUCUCGCUCAUAGAAGGGCUGUGAGCACAGAGGAAGGGGAGCAGUUUGCCAAGGAGCAUGGAUUAAUCUUCAUGGAAGCAUCUGCUAAAACUGCCCAGAAUGUCGAGGAGGCAUUUAUUAAGACUGCUGGAACCAUAUACAAGAAGAUCCAGGAUGGAGUCUUUGACGUGUCAAAUGAGUCUUAUGGAAUAAAAGUUGGGUAUGGUGGAAUCCCUGGACCUUCCGGAGGCAGAGAUGGGGUCUCCUCUCAAGCCGGAGGCUGUUGCAGUUGAAAUCUCAUAGAUUACGUUAAAAGACAGUAUGCCUAUCUGUGUCGUUUUCAUUCUUUAUCUCUUUUCUUUUAGUUUUCUGUCUGAACAACAUUGUGACUUGUUUUAUAAUGCUUUUGCAAAAACGACAAAGCUGUACCAUUCUCUUGAUGUCUAUUCUGUAUUUAUUUGAUUGUAAAUUCAACACUCGUUUUAUCCAUCCGUGGUUUUACUUAAAUGGAAUCACCACAGCAGCUUGUGAAUA